AUGAGGUCCCCAUGGGUAUUUUUCGCAAUAUGGCUGUGUUGCAUUAGAGGUCUUUACGCAAUUGACUGUGACUUCGGAGAUGCGCUAGGACCACUCAAUAACAAUGCUCUCACUGGGUGCCACGUGGAUAUUGAAUACAUAGGCUCGACAAGUGCGGCAUGUCCAGUUCGAGUGGAUGGCAACGACUAUGUUUGGCAUCCUCAGGUAUUUGGUGAUGGUUACGUUGAUCUCUACGCUAUCGCGAGCGACAAGGGUAACUUUUAUCCAGUUCCUCCUUCUGACGUAGUGGUGACGGAAGCACUAGGUUCACUUUUGAACUUAGAGUCGAAUGGAUCACAAAGUCUUCUGCGUUUAAAUUUUCCAACACAAGAACCAUAUAUCAUUACCGAACGCCGUUUGAUAUUCAUCUGUGGACCGCGAAAUUUGGUUCUGACUGAUGAAUUGCAGCGUCACCUGGAUGACCUUAGCGGCGCUCGCGUGGUAGAAGUUCCUUGGACUUCAGAAACACCAUUGACUCAAGAAAUUAAGAAAAUAGGUGCUGGCUUGGGUGUGCUUUUCUUCUACAGAGGAGAUACGCACAUGCCGCUUCAAGGUUGCGGCAGCCGUCCUUCACCUCUGUUCGCCCCGGAUAAUGAAGUGACCGUGGAUCCCAUCACCGGAACACGUUCAUGCGUGGCAGAUCCCAUGUCAGAAACGCCCAUUGGGUUCCUCUGCGAAGGCAGGAUUGAACCUGCGGAUUGCAUGAGAUCACUCGUGGACGAGAAUGGCGAAGUUGUGAAGCCUCCUCGGCCACAUUCGUAUAGGAAAUUCGAUAACAUUCCGCCUUGGAGGGUAGCGCGAUAUUUUAAUGACUUAGCACUCCCUAUGUUCACUGGCGAAUGCAGAUGCAUAGGUUCCGACACAGGUGAGUUAAUGGCCAGGAUCGAGAUUCGUCCCCAAACCGAGUACGUUUGUGACAUUUCCAGCUUGAUCGAGCGCAACAAUGCGAAUCCUAUCAACGGCCCUUGGUGUUCGGUGGUUCUCCAUCCCGGCAGCACCUUGACCAUACGGUUCCCAACAGCGGAUGUCCAUUCGGCGUCUAACGAUGCAACGCAACUGCUGCCUACUGAUCAAUUCGAAGCUGAAUUCUUGCCGAAAGACUUGACCACACUGCGGCAACUUAAAACGGCGUAUGACUUUGAUGUGUACGAAGAAAUCUCAUACAACGAAGCGCUUGCAGGCGAUGCCCUCGAGAUGGAUGUUUCCCAAAUGGCCCAGGGUGAGGUAAAACUGAAGUACCAUGCGGACAAACCUCUCGCGUUAAAGGGGGGUCACAACUCGUUUUUGUAUCACUGGAGACUGAAAUCCACGAAUGGGGAUGUUCCAGAUAAGCUACGAGCGAUUGUCAAACUGUCCCUUGCGUUGACGCACCCCUACCACAUCAUUGGUGGCGACCGAGGGCCACAAAGCCUGUUUGAUCCUAAACUUAACAAGAGGUAUUGUUCAACCAAAUCUAUGGGGAAUGAUAUAGGGGAUGUUUACGAAUGUAUCAACGACAUGUUGUGGGUGGGUGGACAAACUGGUAUAUACUGCAAACCAGACGAGGAACUUUUGCCAAAUAAUUGUGGGUCUUCAGGAUAUGAUAUACACUCCAAUCAGAUUGUAUCGUUUCCUGCAGCCAUACGUGGUGCGAUACCUUACCCUAUACGAGGAUUUCAGGUUUUGGAAAUUGGCAUCGGAAAACGCCCUCUUAGUUACGCUUGCAUCUGUGUUGACGAACGCGGAUAUGAGAAAUCCAAACUCGUUUUAGCGUCCAACCAUAACGAAAAGCAUACUUAUCUAGUGCGUCGUGAAGAGCGGUCUCACAUGUUUGCACCUCAAUUACUGCUGCCAUUGAGUGAGUUCAGAGUUUUAAAUGAAGUACCCACAUUGACAAAUUUGAUUAUGAUACCUCAUAUGUCGAAAAAUUACAUUACGUUAAAAGUGGGAACUACGUUGAUCAUGAGCUGCUCUCUUGAUGCAGAGCUGCAAAACGUCGAAAAUAAUGGGGAGAUAGAAAUAACAUGGCUGCCAAUGAAACCUGAGGAAUUUUAUUAUACCAUAAACCAGACUCCAGAUGGGUCUGAGCUUGUAAAGGUGACAUACGACGAUUCACUUGCUACUUCCAGAAGUGGUCUAAAAAUAAAAUACGAAGAAUGUGACAAGAGGCCUGGCUAUCAUAAACUGAAACUUACAUCACGUAGAAGUGCCAUUUUAAUAUCGAAAUACACAGAGAGGAAGCAACACGUACCCAUGACAUUUGUAUGCGGUAAGACGCCCAGAUUGUCUGAUUUCUCCACCAAUGAUAACGCGACUGCAAACGGAGAAUCUUCUGCGCUAUACACAUGGCAUGUGCUUCAUGUAAACGUACAGACCACUGAUCCCUAUAUGCAAGGCUGCGGCGUCACAUACGCAUCAGACGAGUUGUUCAAGCCUGAGACGCCCCCACUCUACGACGCUGAAGGGCAGUCGCAGUUCGGUUGCAAGAUCGAUCUUCAGGCUGCCAAGGAGGCUGCCUUUUAUUGCCCAGCGCCUUACGUCCUGGACCCACCCAAUUGCUUCAGCCAUGUUUACGUUGACGGGGUUGUAAAGAACAUGAGAGAGCUCAGCAAGUCAUUGGUGUCGUCUCGGUCCAACCACUUCGUCAUCCUGCGUUUAUACAGUUCUCUCAUAGGACCCGGAGAAACGCUGCGCCAGGCACCGCCAUUGGAGUGCCGCUGCAUCACCGUCAAGGGCGCCAUACUCUCCACCAUACAGAUCGAGAACUACUACUCGAAGUGA